CUGGAGCUCAGGGUUGGUCGGGCCUAAGUGGGCCCUAGGCGGACGUGAGCUGGGUCGGACCAAGAUGGCGAUGCAGGUGGUGCAGGCGGUGCAGGCGGUUCAUCUGGAGUCGGAUGCUUUCCUAGUUUGUCUCAACCACGCUCUGAGCACAGAGAAGGAGGAAGUGAUGGGACUGUGCAUAGGGGAGUUGAAUGAUGACACCAGGAGUGACUCCAAAUUUACAUAUACUGGAACUGAAAUGCGCACAGUCACUGAAAAGGUUGACACCGUCAGAAUUGUUCACAUUCAUUCUGUCAUCAUCUUGCGACGUUCUGAUAAGAGGAAGGACCGAGUGGAAAUUUCUCCAGAGCAGCUAUCAGCGGCCUCAACGGAGGCGGAGAGGUUGGCUGAACUAACAGGUCGUCCCAUGAGAGUGGUGGGCUGGUAUCACUCCCAUCCUCAUAUAACUGUUUGGCCUUCACAUGUUGAUGUUCGCACACAAGCCAUGUAUCAGAUGAUGGAUCAAGGCUUUGUAGGACUUAUUUUUUCCUGUUUCAUAGAAGAUAAAAACACAAAGACUGGCCGGGUACUCUACACUUGCUUUCAAUCCAUUCAGGCCCAAAAGAGCUCAGAGUAUGAGAGAAUUGAAAUCCCAAUCCAUAUUGUACCUCAUGUGAGCAUUGGAAAAGUGUGCCUUGAAUCAGCAGUUGAGCUGCCCAAGAUUCUGUGCCAAGAGGAGCAGGAUGCAUAUAGGAGGAUCCACAGUCUUACACAUCUGGACUCAGUAACCAAGAUCCAUAAUGGCUCAGUGUUUACCAAGAACCUGUGCAGUCAGAUGUCAGCAGUCAGCGGGCCUCUCCUGCAGUGGUUGGAGGACAGACUGGAGCAAAACCAACAUCAUUUGCAGGAGUUGGAACAAGAAAAGGAAGAGCUUAUGCAAGAACUUUCUUCUCUAGGAUAAAGUGGGAGACAAAAUGAAGAAAAAAUGAAAAUAUCCAAGUGUGAAAUUAAUUAACCUAAAUCAAUUUUGAAGAAAAAGUUGGAAGACUCACAUUAUUUGAUUGAAGACUUACUAUAAAGCAAGAGUAAACAAGAUGGUAAGGUAUAUGCACAAUGGAUUUUGACAAAGUUACGAAAGCAAUUCAAUGAAGAAAGGAUAGUCUUUUCAACAAAUGAUAUGGAAGUAAUUGAACACCCAAAGGCAAAAAAUGAACUUUGACAUAAAAUGUAAACCUUAUACAAAAAUCAACACAACUAUAUCAUGAACUUAUAUGUAAAAAUUUUAGAAAUAAAAUCAUGAAAAAAUCUUCAGGAUCUUGGACUAGGCAACAAGUUCUCAGCCUCCACCCCCGAAGCACAAUCCUACAAGGAAAAGUUAAUAUAUUGGACUUCAUCAAAAUGAAAAACUUUUGCUUCACAAAAAAUUUAAGAGGAAGAAAUUGAGACUUAUUUGCAAACCAGAUAUCUGAUCAAUUUAGAACAGUAAAAACAAUUCAAUUGCAAAAGAUUUGAAUAGGCUAAAUGAAUUUCACUAAAGAGGAUAAAUGGAUAGCAAGUAAGCACAUGGAAAGAUGUUGAACUUAAUUAGUCAUCGGAAUGCAAAUUAACAUCACGAUGUAUUUCUACACAUUUAUCAGAAUGCUUAAAAGAAAAGAUAUUGAAAAUAUCAGAUGCUUUUGAACAUAUAAACUGGAUCUCAUGCAUGGCUGAUAUAAAUGAAAAUGAAAUUUUAAUAAAGUUAAACAUACAUGUACCAUAUGACCCAGCAGUUGAACUCAUGGUCAUUUAUCACAGAGAUAUGAAAACCUAUGUUGGCAAGAAAACUUGUACACAAAUGUUCUUAGCAUCUUUCUAAUAGCCCCAAACUGUAAGCAAACCAGAUGUCCUCCAAUUGAGAGGUUAAACCAACCAUCCAUACUAUGGAAUACUACUAUUCAAUGUAAAGGAAUAGACUAUUGACACACACAACUUGAAUGGUCCUCAAGGGUAUCAUGAUGAAUGAGAAAAAGUAUCAAAAGGUCACAUAGGUAUGAUUGAUUUAUAUAGCAUUCUUGAAAUGACAAAACUAUAGAAACAAAGAACAGAUUAAUGGUGACCAGGCAUAGGGACUGGAGGGGUAUGGGGUAUGUGUGACAAUUAAGGGAUAACACAAGCAGUUCCUUUGUGGUGAUGGAACAAUUCUGUGUCAUGAUUGUGGUGUUGAUUAAAUGAAUUUCAGUAUGUGCUAAAACUACAAACACCCAUAAAUGAAUGCAUGUAAAAUCUGAAUAAGUCCUGCAAUCUGAUAAGGAGUAUUGUACCAUUGUAUCAUGUGAAACUGGGUACGGUCUGCAGUCUAAUAAAGAGUAUUAUACCAU